UUGCAGGAUCAUGGUGAAGUUUCUUGGACAUUUUUGAUCCUCGGAUCCCUGGUUCCACCAUACUUGCAGCAAUGUUCCCAGUGGUCGUACGAGGGCCCCCAUGGUCCGGAAAACUGGAAGAAGGGACAUUUUCACUGUGGGAAAGGAUCCCAGUCCCCUAUCGAUGUUGAGACAGAGGUUGUUAGGUAUGACCCCUCCCUGAGACCAAUCCAAUUAGAGGGAUACAGUAAACCCGACAGCAACUUGUUCACACUCUCCAAUAAUGGUCACACAGUGCAGCUGACUCUACCCUCCACCAUGUCUAUAAGCAGCUUGUCCCAACCUUACACAGCCGUGCAACUGCACUUCCACUGGGGGAGCCUCACAGCAACAGAGGGAUCAGAACAUCAAGUGGACGGACACAGUGCGCAUGCUGAGCUUCACGUCGUUCACUACAACUCGGAGAAAUACCUGAAUGUGAAGGAGGCCAUGAGCAAGGAAGAUGGAUUGGUGGUUCUGGGAAUUCUGAUGGAGGUCGGGGAAUUAAAAAACCCAGCUUACGAAAAUAUACUGAGUCACCUGGAAUCUGUAAAAUUUGCAGGUCAGGAGGUCACGAUUCCCUCUUUCGAUGUCCAGUCACUGCUUCCUAAACAGCUGGAUAAAUACUUCACCUACAAUGGCUCGCUGACCACACCACCCUGCUUCCAGAGUGUUCAAUGGAUUGUUUUUCACCAGCGAGUGCUGCUCUCCCUUUCCCAGCUUACAGCCUUGAAGACCAAACUAUUUAGCACAGCUGCUGACACUGCUUCAGCACAACCACUGAUCAAUAACUUUCGAGAAACGCAGCCCCUCAACAACCGAGUGGUCAAAGCUUCCUUCCCAUUGGGUUGGGCCAUUAAUUUCCGAAAAGCAAUGCUGGCUCUUAUGAAAAUACUGUCAACAAAAUUCCACCAAGUGAUCAAGAAGGGCUUUGCAGUCCUUUGGCACCUUUCACAGCCUCAGGACGACACCUUGAAGCGCUUUGUAGCCACUGUGCACCACGGGGAAGGUGGCAAGGGAGUGGCUUUCGAAGAACUGAACUGUCAGAGAGCCACCUUUCCGUCUUCCUUGCAACGCUCCAGGGAGCCACCACGCUGGGAGUGCGGCACCCGCAUCAGCAACACGGUCCAUAGACAAAGAGACAAAGGACAAUUCUGA